AUGGAGAGAGUUAUAAUUUUGUUAGUCUUUCUUGUCAGCUUAUCGUGUGACUGUGACAAUUCUCAUAAUGUAAAAAACGAAUCCAACGCAUACACUUAUGGUACGCCAAAAAUACGUGCCAGGAAUGAGAUUGUAAAGACCAACAAUAUUCAAGGUGAAGAGACACAAGAUUUUACAAUGAGCGAUGUGCCAGUAUUAGAUACAUAUCCUUCUAAGAUACCGUCUUUAAUGGACCCUUCAAGGUGCACUGGAUUUCUGAAUCCACAAGAAAUUAGUCUCGCGGACCAAUGUUUUCCUAGGCCCCAGUGUGAUUUUUUUAACAAGUACAGAACCAUAGAUGGUAGUUGUAAUAAUUUACUAUACCCAACUUGGGGACAAACYAACACAGCAAACACUCGAAUUAUUCAAGCAAAUUAUUCAGAUGGUUAUUCCCAGCCAAGAAAAUCRGUAUCUGGUCGUGAAUUACCAGAAGUCMGAAAAAUACGUAAGACUAUAUUUAAAGACGUUGACAAAUCUUCACCGAAACAUAAUUUAUUUGUCAUGCAGUAUGCCCAAAUCAUUACACACGAUACAGCAAACACAUUAAUCAAAGAAAAAGGACCUUAUGGCCCAGUAAAGUGUUGCAAUGAUGAUGGUUCAACGCCAGAAAUUCUACCAAAAGAAUGCCUUCAGAUUAGAAUCCCAUACGACGAACCAGAGUCAAAAUACCGAUGCUUAUCCAUUCCCAGAGCACUUGACACRUCGGAUAAGGGUUGUAACAUUAAACCGGUCAGACAAAUAUUUGGAGCCUCCAGUUUUAUCGACGCAUCGGUAUUAUAUGGGUCGGACUAUGAAACAUCGCUUUCUAUAAGAACAUUUAAAUACGGAAAGCUCAGGCGACAAUUGGGACCUAACGGAAAAUCGUUCUUACCUAAUAUAAAAAAAGCCACAGAACUUUGUAACGUAACUCAAGAUAGCACAGUGUGCUACCUUUCAGGUGACCCAAGAAUUAACAUACAUCCAGAAAUGGCAGUUGUUACAACUUCAUUGUUGAGACUACAUAACUAUAUAUGUGAUGAGCUUAGUGGCUUGAACCCCAAUUGGAAUGAUGAGCGAAUAUACCAAGAAUCCAGAAGAAUACUCAUCGCAAUGCAUCAACACAUUACAUACAAUGAACUCGUUCCAAUAAUUUUAGGAAGAGACUUUGCCAGAGAAAACUAUUUACUACCAAUGACUAGAGGAUUUGACGAUAGUUACGAUCAAUAUUUAAAUCCAACUACAACCACUAGCUUUACUGCCGCUGCAUACAGAUCUAUGCAUAGCUCCAUACGUGGAUUUCUUGAAUUGGUGAGUGAAACCCGAAAAAUAACAUCGAGAAUACGGUURAGUGAUUUCUUUUUUAAGCCCGAUAUUGUACAAAGAAAAGAUAAUUAUGAUAGCUUCACUAGAGGAUUACUUACACAACAUGUACAAGAAGUAGAUCAAUAUUUUACAGAAGAGAUAAGUGAGUCCGCAAUCAGAAUUCCGGAAAGACACCAAAGAGUUGACUUAGUCAGCAUAGACAUGGAACGCGGUAGAGAUUACGGAGAGCCACCUUAUAAUAAAUUUAGGAAACUCUGCGGAUUGAGUGAAGCUAAGACCUUUGACAGUUUGAUCGAUCAAAUAGACAAAAAACAUAUUGAGGCCUUAUCGAAAAUGUACGAACACGUAGACGAUAUCGACUAUUACGUUGCUGGCCUCUUAGAAAAAUCAAAACCCGGAUCUCUAUUAGGUCAUACUUUCCAAUGUGUUGUUGGAGAAAUGUUUUUCAGAUUCAAGUAUGGUGAUCGAUAUUAUUACGAAUUCGGAAAUCAGAUUGGUUCUUUCAAAUUAGAACAACUAAAUGAAAUAAGAAAAACAACCUUAGCACUUAUCGUGUGUUUAACAUCAGACAUUUAUUCUGUUCAACGCAAUAUGUUUGAAAUACCCAGUAGUCGUAAUCCAAUGGUAUCCUGCAAAUCYAUUCCAAAACCUGAUUUGUCUGCUUGGAAAGAAGAUUAAWAUUAGAAUACAAUUCUUGGAUUCCAUGCAUAUAAUGAUAUUGUAUACUUUCUAAAUAUUGUACGCCUUUUGGA